GGGGAGCGGCCGGGCGGCAGCAGCGGGAUGGGCCUGAGCCCCGCCGCCGAGCGCGAGUGCGGGCGCCUCCUCCCUAGGUUCCCCCGGCCCCGCCUCAGGCCCGCCUCGAGAACCGGGAGUGUGCGGACGAAUGACACCCAGCCGGCUCCUGGGCUUUCGCCUGGGCCCCAGUCGGGUCGCCGCGGGAGGGGGGCUCCUCCUCACCAAGCCCCCACGCCCGGGCCUGGAACCUUCCGGGGUCGUUCUCCAGGCCCCAGCAGGCCGUCGGACCUUGAAUUAGAAGAAUCUGUGGGAUCUCAAGAGUUGGUCCAGCUCUUGCCCAAGCAGCCACAGCAGGGUACGUUAGAACAGGGCAGAAGCAGCGUCCAGCAGGGGGAGAAGCCCUUGGAGUCCACACCCAACCAGAAGAGAGCAGAGUGGAAUUCAGCCCCGGAGCCUGGGAGUGCGGGAAGGUUAAUAAAGCAGGCAGCAGAGGGUAAACCAAGACCCAGACCUGGAGACCUGAUUGAGAUUUUCCAGACUGGCUACGAGCACUGGGCCGUCUAUGUGGAAGAUGGCUGUGUGGUCCACCUGGCUCCCACAAGUGAGGAAUUUGAGGCCAGCGGCAUCGCGUCCGUCUUCAGCAACCGGGCGGUGGUGACAUACAGUCGUCUGGAGGACGUGCUACGUGGCUGCUCCUGGAAGGUCAACAACAAGCUGGAUGGGACAUACCUGCCCCUGCCCGUGGACAAGAUCGUCCAGCAGACGAAAAAGAUGAUCAACAAGAUAGUGCAGUACAGCUUGAUCGAAGGGAACUGCGAACACUUUGUCAACGACCUGAGAUACGGCGUGCCCAGGAGCCAGCAGGUAGAGCACAUGCUGAUGGGGGGAGCGAAGGCUGCCGGGGCGGUGCUUUCAGCCGUGGUGGACAGCCUAAGGCCCAAACCAGCAAUGGCCCGAAGGCUCUGAAGAAGAGGAAGAGCUACUGACAGCGGCAGAGAGAACGCGCCUCCUUCCCUCCCCUGCCUUGCUCUCUCCACCGCCCCGUGUAAGAAAAUUGUGAGUUUCUGGAAGAAUCUAGAAUGUAACCAAUUACCCCUCCAGAAAUACAUCCAAUAUAUGUGCUCAUCGACCCCUGGACUUUCAAGGUGGGAAGAACCUAAUAUUUAUUCUGCAUCUAUUAGGUGCCAGACACUGUGCUAGGCAUUUCACAUACUUCAUCUUACUCUCUUUGUAGGAAGGAGCCUUACUUACUUUUUAGGCUCGACCUAGUCUGUGGCGCUUGAAACAUCCUGGAAAUCUCUGCCGAACGUUCCCAGGAAUGAAGAGCUCUUUUCAGAAGGUCUUUUUAUUGCCCUUUCAGACCCACAGUGCGAUUCAGGGGAGGAGGCCUUUUAGGAAACCUGUAACUCGCUGCUCAGGGCCACCUGUGCCUUCAUC